AUGGCGCAGAGUACAUCCAGUGUCCAGUCUGGUCCCUAUCAUGCACAGCGGAGACAUGCUUCCAAGCACCGUUUCUUCGUGGUUGAAAUGUCACAAGCUCUUUUCGACUUCGUCAUCCGACUUCUUCCAACCCAAGAAGAAAUGGCUGUAAAGGAAGAUGUCAGGAAACUCCUUGAGAGGUUGAUUCGCACAAUCGAACCUGACAGCCGACUGCUAUCGUUCGGAAGCACGGCAAAUGGCUUUAGCCUUCGCAACUCAGAUAUGGAUCUCUGCUGCCUAAUCGAUUCCGCCGAGCGACUCUCUGCAUCAGACAUGGUUACGAUGCUUGGUGACCUCCUAGAACGCGAAACCAAGUUCCACGUCAAACCUCUACCUCAUGCACGAAUACCGAUCGUCAAGCUCUCCCUAGAUCCAUCUCCUGGAUUACCACUUGGUAUCGCUUGCGAUAUCGGCUUCGAGAAUAGACUCGCUCUGGAGAACACAAGGUUGCUCAUGUGCUAUGCUAUGAUCGAUCCCACACGUGUGCGGACUCUAGUUCUCUUCCUCAAAGUAUGGAGCAAGCGGAGAAACAUCAAUUCUCCGUACCAGGGGACACUAUCGUCCUACGGUUACGUUUUACUGGUCAUAUAUUUCCUCAUACAUGUGAAGAAUCCGCCUGUACUACCAAAUUUACAGCAAAUGCCUCCUCUACGACCGAUCUCUCAGGAGGACACCCAUAUUGGGGGGCAUAAUACUUGGUUUUUUGACGAUAUAGAACUUCUACGCCAACGAUGGCAAUCAUCUAAUACCGACAGCGUGGCUGAUUUGCUGAUUGACUUCUUCCGAUAUUAUUCUCGUGAUUUUACCUACAAUACAGGCGUUGCUUCCAUUAGAGCAGGUUUAUUGAAGAAGGAGAGCAAGGGAUGGCAAAACGAGGCAAGCAGCCGAUAUAAUGACUCCAGGGAGCGAAAUCGGUUUUGUAUAGAGGAUCCGUUUGAGAUCGACUUCAACGUUGCCCGAUGUGUAACAAAAGAAGGGCUUUACCAGAUACGCGGAGAAUUCAUGCGCGCAUCCAGGAUCCUCGCGAUGCGCCCUCGUGCCCUUGUCGCACUUGCUCAACUGUGUGAAGAAAAGACUGAAGACCCACAAACGACGUCACCUCCAUCUGUCUUCGUCCCGCCUCGCCUCUCAUUUCCUCCCCAGACACCAUACACAGUUGGUAGCAACUCUAUGAGACCCAAAGGUGUACCCGCUGAGCGCCUUUCGCCCCAAACUGAGUUCUUUGAGCCUGAAAAUCGACAUUCAGGCGAUAAUUGCGUUCCGUCUCGCACCCCACCCGAGCACAUGGCACCCAAAAGGACCCAGUGGACUAGCCCGCCCCCACCAGAGGCUCCACCUGCCCACCACGCCAUAUUUGAAGACCAGCUUGACCAAGGCCUUGCAUUGGCAACGUCUUCGACAAUGGCGCGGGAGACUGGGAAGACAGCAUCAUCUCCUGAACGUUUUGAUCUCCUUAGCGAUGAAGAGCGUCGAUCGGAUGCUACCGAAUCCGAUGAAGUGCAAUCUGUCCAGUCCUUUACGGAAGGAUCACGUGCAACUCCCUUGGCAUCCACGUCAUUUAUCGAACCUGCAUCGUUUGCUAUUGGACCUAGCAUCCGAGGCAGAGUGCCCUCGAGAUCUUCACGUCCUAGUGACAACAAUGCUGUUCAACCGGCUGCAAACGAGGCCACCCUAAUUGCCUACAAAGCUGAGCUCCUUCGUCGUUCACAAUCUGGCCCUCCAAACGGCAAGUCUAAUCGUUUUUCCUGGCCCACCGCCAUACCCAUUGCAUAUACUCCUACAUUUGGACCGUCGAUAUCUACCUCACAAUCUCCCCGCUUGCAUCCAGACACGUCUGCUUCGACAAAUACUGUAUUCUAUGAAACCACGGGCACGCAGCCACGCUUUCCCACAUACCCCUUACCGGCACCUGCGCCAUCUCACUUGUCAUCUAAUGUGCCAUUUUACAUGCGAAGCUAUCUUGAUCAAACCACUAACAACACUGCUACAAUCGAUAUCUCUAGAGACAGUUCAUCCUCGCCGCUUCCUCAAGCGCCGUUCUCGCACUCGCACUCACAUACCCCCUCGACUACUACGAUAACCUCCCGUGUCCAACUUAUGCCACGGCAUCUUCCGCCCUCGCCACCGCAUUCGCCGCUGCGCACCAGCAUGCACGCACGCAUGGGCAUUGUAUGCGGGUCUAGCAGUGAAUCAUCUUCGCCAAUAUCCGGAAGUUGCUCGCCGUCUCCUUCACCAACUCUGCUGCACCAGCAUGCGAUCGAUGAGUUUCCACGAUACAAUACUUUCAAGAUGAUUGCCCCUCGCCUUAGACGCAUUCGUGCAGACCCUGCGACGGUGGAUCUGACACCUAAUGGUGCUUUGCGAUAG